AUGAAUAACGAGGAGCAACGUGGCGGCGAUGGAGCGGAUGUGCUUCCUCCAGCUUUGUUUGCGCGACCAAGCGUGCGGCGCGGUUCCGUCUUCUCGGAUCUGCUUACAAUAUUCCGGCGGAAUAGCUCCCAUCCGCAUCGCCUUUUCCAUGCCGCUCGGCCAUCGGUGAGCACAUCCGAUGAGCAAACGGUGCGAGAGACCGAAGCAUUCUUGGAACCAAAUGCAGCUGGGCAAGGCCAAGGCCAGCAAGACGAGGAGCCAGAGGAGGAUGGUAAA